GCCCCGCCGCGAGGCAGCAAGGGAAAAGCAACAUGGACGCGUCCAUUUGAACGUCUUGCACGCCUGCCUGUCUUUAGCAGUACUCUGCUGCUUCUACCCAUUCUUCCUCCAGAAUAAAGGAGGAAGAGGGGAUGAGAAGCUUUGCCGGCCGAGGAGUCAUCGUGAUCGAUCUGCCGCUCGGCCCCCGCGCUUCCAGGGAGUUGCCGGGGCUCGCCGCGCCGGACGCGUCCCGAGUCACACAGAAAUAAUGGUGAUAUUUGGAACCCAUGUCGAACUUCUAUGAAGAAAGGGCAACAAUGAUUGCAGCCGGGGAUUUGCAGGAAUUUGUUCCUUUUGGUCGAGACCACUGCAAGCACCACCCUAAUGCUUUGAAUCUUCAGCUUCGCCAGCUGCAGCCAGCCUCUGAAUUAUGGUCUUCUGAUGGUGCUGCUGGCCUGGUGGGAUCCCUUCAAGAGGUUACAAUCCAUGAGAAACAGAAGGAAAGCUGGCAGCUAAGGAAAGGCGUAAGUGAAAUCGGAGAAGAAGUGGACUAUGAUGAGGAACUCUACGUGGCUGGGAAUAUGGUGAUCUGGAGCAAAGGGAGUAAAAGCCAGGCACUGGCAGUUUAUAAAGCGUUUACAGUUGACAGUCCUGUUCAGCAGGCGUUGUGGUGUGACUUCAUUAUAUCACAGGAUAAGUCUGAAAAGACCUACAGCAGCCACGAAGUAGAAAAAUGCAUAUGUAUAUUGCAAAGUUCGUGUAUAAACAUGCAUAGCAUAGAAGGAAAAGAUUAUAUAGCUUCCUUACCAUUUCAGGUUGCAAAUGUUUGGCCCACUAAAUAUGGACUGCUGUUCGAGCGAAGUACUUCCCACGAGGUGCCUCCAGGUCCACCCCGAGAACCUUUACCCACUAUGUUCAGCAUGCUGCACCCAUUAGAUGAAAUAACCCCACUUGUUUGUAAAUCUGGAAGUCUUUUUGGUUCAUCACGGGUACAGUACGUUGUAGAUCAAGCAAUGAAAAUUGUGUUCCUCAACACUGACCCUUCCAUCGUCAUGACCUAUGAUGCUGUCCAAAACGUGCACUCGGUGUGGGCUCUGCGGAGGGUCCGGCCAGAGGAAGAGAAUGCCGUCCUGAAGUUCUCCGAACAGGGCGGGACCCCACAGCACGCAGCCACCAGCAGCUCCCUCACAGCACACCUGAGAAGCCUGUCCAAGGGCGACUCGCCCGUGGCAUCGCCCUUCCAGAACUACUCCUCCAUUCACAGCCAGAGCCGCUCGGCCUCCUCGCCCGGCCUGCACUCGCGCUCGCCGUCCAUCUCCAACAUGGCAGCCCUCAGCCGUGCUCACUCUCCUGCCUUGGGGGUGCACUCCUUUUCAGGGGUGCAGAGGUUCAGCCUUUCGGGCCAUAACCAAUCUCCAAAGAGACACAGCAUUUCUCAUUCUCCGAAUAGUAAUUGCAGUGGCUCCUUUCUUGCCCCAGAGACAGAGCCAAUUGUUCCUGAGUUGUGCAUUGAUCAUUUGUGGACAGAAACAAUCACUAACUUAAGAGAGAAAAAUUCACAGGCCUCCAAGGUAUUCAUUACUUCUGACCUGUGUGGACAGAAGUUCUUGUGCUUUUUAGUGGAGUCACAGCUCCAGUUACGCUGUAUCAAGUUUCAAGAGAGUAAUGAUAAAACCCAGCUCAUCUUUGGCUCUGUCACCAACAUACAUGCAAAGGACGCAGCACCAGUGGAGAAAAUAGAUACCAUGCUGGUCCUGGAAGGCAGUGGAAACCUGGUGUUGUACACAGGCGUGGUUCGGGUGGGAAAGGUCUUUAUUCCUGGCCUGCCAGCUCCUUCGCUGACCAUGUCCAACACAAUGCCUCGGCCCAGCACGCCGCUGGACGGUGUUAGCACUCCCAAGCCUCAUAGUCUGGGAUCAUUGGAUGAGGUGGUACUGUUGUCCCCAGUUCCAGAACUGAGGGAUUCUUCAAAACUUCAUGAGUCUCUCUAUAAUGAAGAUUGCACUUUCCAACAGUUUGGAACUUACAUUCAUUCUAUCAGAGACCCCGUUCAUAACAGGGUAACUCUAGAACUGAGUAAUGGCACCAUGGUUAGGAUCACUAUUCCUGAAAUUGCCACUUCUGAAUUAGUACAAACAUGUUUACAAGCAAUUAAGUUUAUCCUGCCAAAGGAAAUAGCAGUUCAGAUGCUUGUGAAGUGGUACAAUGUCCACAGUGCUCCAGGAGGACCCGGUUACCACUCAGAGUGGAGUUUGUUUGUGAUUUGCCUCAUGAAUAUGAUGGGUUAUAACACAGACCGCUUAGCAUGGACCCGAAACUUUGACUUUGAAGGAUCACUUUCUCCUGUCAUUGCUCCCAAAAAAGCAAGGCCUUCUGAGACUGGAUCUGAUGAUGACUGGGAAUAUUUACUAAAUUCAGACUACCACCAGAAUGUUGAAUCUCAUCUUUUGAAUAGAUCUUUAUGUUUGAGUUCUUUGGAAGUUUCAAGGGUGAAGGAUGAAGACUUCUCACAGAAUCUCAGUCUGGAUUCUUCUACUCUUCUCUUUACUCAUAUACCCGCAAUAUUUUUUGUUCUUCACCUUGUCUACGAGGAGCUGAAGUUGAAUACUCUAAUGGGAGAAGGAAUCCGUUCACUUGUUGACCUUCUUGUUCAGUUGGCAAGGGACUUACACUUGGGGCCUUACGUAGACCAUUACUACAGAGACUAUCCAACACUUGUCAGAACUACUGGCCAAGUGUGCACAAUUGAUCAAGAACAGUAUUGUUUUGAUGGAUUCCGGGAACUUCUUAAACAUUGGUCUAAUUUUGAAGGUCAAACAGGAUUUAUGCAUCACCCGUCCUUCUUCACUUCUGAGCCGCCGAGUGUCGCCCAGUGGGUGAGUGCCUGUCUGAAGGGGGAAGCAAUGCCGCCCUACCCUUAUCUGCCUGGCAUCUGUGAGCGAAGCAGACUCGUAGUCCUGAGUAUUGCCCUCUACAUCCUUGGUGACGAGAGCUCCAUUUCUGAUGAUUCCUCAAAAUAUUUAUCUAAAAUAACUAUAGUCCCACAAAAGGCACAAGCAGAACAAGAAGAAAACAGGCUUAGCUUGCGACAUUCUACCUCAGUUUCUAGCCUCGCUGAAAGAUUAGUUGUCUGGAUGACCAGUGUAGGAUUCACUUUAAGAGAUUUGGAAACUCUUCCGUUUGGAAUUGCUCUUCCCAUCAGAGAUGCCAUUUAUCAUUGCCGAGAGCAGCCUGCCUCAGACUGGCCGGAAGCUGUCUGCCUCUUGAUUGGACGGCAGGAUCUUUCUAAGCAGGCCUGCGAAGGGAAUUUACCCAGAGGGAAAUCUGUGCUUUCAUCAGAUGUUCCUUCAGGAACAGAAACUGAGGAGGAAGACGACGGCAUGAACGACAUGAACCACGAGGUUAUGUCCUUAAUAUGGAGCGAGGACCUGCGUGUGCAGGACGUGCGGCGGCUGCUGCAGAGCGCGCACCCUGUGCGCGUCAAUGUGGUGCAGUACCCGGAGCUCAGCGACCACGAGUUCAUCGAGGAGAAGGAGAACAGACUGCUGCAGCUGUGUCAGCGCACCAUGGCCCUUCCGGUUGGGCGAGGCAUGUUCACCUUGUUCUCCUACCACCCCGUGCCCACGGAACCCCUGCCGAUUCCCAAGCUGAACCUGACUGGACGUGCCCCUCCCCGGAACACAACGGUAGACCUAAACAGCGGGAACAUCGAUGUGCCCCCCAACAUGACAAGCUGGGCCAGCUUCCACAAUGGGGUGGCUGCUGGGCUGAAGAUCGCCCCUGCCUCCCAGAUUGACUCGGCGUGGAUAGUUUACAAUAAGCCCAAACACGCCGAGCUAGCCAACGAGUAUGCUGGCUUCCUCAUGGCGCUGGGUCUGAAUGGGCACCUGACCAAGCUGGCUACGCUCAAUAUCCAUGACUACUUGACCAAGGGCCAUGAAAUGACAAGCAUUGGACUGCUACUUGGCGUCUCAGCUGCAAAACUAGGCACCAUGGAUAUGUCAAUCACUCGGCUGCUCAGCAUCCACAUCCCUGCUCUCCUGCCCCCCACAUCCACAGAGCUAGAUGUUCCUCACAAUGUGCAGGUGGCUGCGGUGGUUGGCAUUGGCCUUGUGUAUCAGGGGACCGCCCACAGGCACACUGCCGAAGUCCUGCUGGCUGAAAUCGGGCGGCCCCCGGGUCCUGAAAUGGAAUACUGCACUGACAGAGAGUCGUACUCUUUAGCUGCUGGCCUGGCCCUGGGGAUGGUUUGCUUGGGGCACGGCAGUAACUUGAUAGGUAUGUCCGACCUCAAUGUGCCCGAGCAGUUGUAUCAGUACAUGGUGGGCGGUCACAGACGUUUCCAAGCAGGAACACACAGGGAGAGGCAUAAGUCUCCGAGUUACCAAAUCAAAGAAGGUGAUACCAUAAAUGUGGAUGUGACUUGUCCAGGAGCUACUCUGGCUUUGGCUAUGAUCUACUUAAAAACCAAUAACAGGUCCAUCGCAGACUGGCUCCGAGCUCCGGACACCAUGUAUUUGCUGGACUUCGUGAAACCAGAGUUUCUCUUGCUUAGGACACUUGCUAGAUGCCUGAUUUUGUGGGAUGAUAUUCUACCAAAUUCCAAGUGGGUUGACAGCAAUGUUCCUCAAAUUAUAAGAGAAAAUAGCAUCUCUCUGAGUGAAAUUGAAUUGCCUUGCUCAGAAGACCUGAAUUUGGAAACUUUGUCGCAAGCGCAUGUCUACAUAAUUGCAGGAGCCUGUUUGUCUCUGGGUUUUCGAUUUGCUGGCUCAGAAAACUUAUCAGCGUUUAACUGUUUGCAUAAAUUUGCAAAAGAUUUUAUGACAUACUUGUCUGCACCUAACGCUUCCAUAACGGGUCCUUACAACCUGGAAACCUGCCUGAGUGUGGUGCUGCUGUCACUUGCCAUGGUGAUGGCCGGCUCGGGGAACUUGAAGGUUUUGCAGCUUUGUCGCUUCCUGCACAUGAAGACGGGUGGCGAGAUGAACUAUGGCUUCCACUUAGCUCACCAUAUGGCCCUGGGACUUCUGUUUUUGGGAGGAGGAAGGUACUCCCUGAGCACCUCGAACUCCUCCAUUGCUGCGCUCCUCUGUGCCCUCUACCCACACUUCCCGGCUCACAGUACUGACAACCGGUAUCAUCUCCAGGCGCUCCGGCACCUCUAUGUUCUGGCUGCAGAGCCGAGGCUCCUGGUGCCUGUGGAUGUGGAUACGAACACGCCGUGCUAUGCCCUCUUAGAAGUGACCUACAAGGGCACUCAGUGGUAUGAACAAACCAAAGAAGAACUGAUGGCUCCUACCCUUCUUCCAGAACUCCACCUUCUAAAGCAGAUCAAAGUUAAAGGCCCACGGUACUGGGAACUGCUGAUAGAUUUAAGCAAGGGAACCCAACACUUGAAAUCCAUUCUUUCUAAGGAUGGGGUUUUAUAUGUGAAGCUCAGGGCUGGCCAGCUCUCCUACAAAGAAGAUCCAAUGGGGUGGCAGAGUUUGUUGGCCCAGACUGUUGCCAACAGGAACUCUGAAGCCCGGGCUUUCAAGCCUGAAACAAUUUCAGCAUUCACUUCCGAUCCAGCACUUUUGUCGUUUGCUGAGUAUUUCUGCAAACCAACCGUGAACAUGGGCCAGAAACAGGAAAUUCUGGACCUCUUUUCUUCAGUGCUCUAUGAAUGUGUCACUCAGGAGACCCCAGAGAUGUUGCCUGCCUACAUAGCAAUGGAUCAGGCUAUAAGAAGACUUGGAAGAAGGGAGAUGUCGGAGACCUCUGAACUGUGGCAGAUCAAGUUGGUGCUGGAGUUUUUCAGCUCCCGAAGCCAUCAGGAGCGGCUGCAGAACCACCCGAAGCGAGGGCUCUUCAUGAACUCCGAGUUCCUCCCUGUGGUGAAGUGCACCAUCGAUAAUACCCUGGACCAGUGGCUGCAAGCGGGGGGUGACACGUGUGUGCAAGCCUACCUCAGCGGGCAGCCCUGCGAGGAGCCACAGCUGAGCAUGCUGGCCUGCUUCCUGGUCUACCACGCAGUGCCCGCACCCCGGCACCUGCCGCCUCUCGGACUGGAAGGGAGCACAAGCUUUGCUGAACUCCUCUUCAAAUUUAAGCAGCUGAAGAUGCCGGUGCGAGCUCUGCUGAGAUUGGCGCCUUUGCUCCUGGGAAAUCCACAGCCCAUGGUUAUGUGAUGACAUCUGGGGCCCGACCCUCCCUGAAACUCGACCACCAAACCGUGACCAAAUGUCAGAGCUGCAGGAGUGCCCUGGCUCUGUCCUCACAGACGGGGGGAGUGAGCUGUACACACCUCACUGUGUUUUAAAUAUUCCAGCGCAUCUGUUGGUGUCAAUGUUCACGUUCUGUGAUACAUAAAAGUAAGUUAGAAUUUGCUUUGUAAAUAAAGUUUUUUUGGUUUGUUUUCACAA